AUGUCAGAUAUCCGCUCGAAAAGUGCCAAAUUUCUUGGGGAUUCGAUCGCAGCAGCUACUGGCGUGCAAGAUACAAGCUCGACCGCUGCGCAAAUCGAGCAGGCUGUAUUUGACAAGUUCGGCCAAUCAACUUCCAACGACUAUCGAGGCGACAUUCGAAACAUCGGCUUGACGCUAAAAAAGGACAACCCACAACUUGCGCAAGAUCUCGUACAAGAAGCGGAAGCUGACACCGCUCUCUGGACGCGGAGCGCACAACAGGAGAUGAGGACAGAAGAACAGGCCAAGCAAGACCAACACCUCCGUCAACAAAACUUGGAGGCAUCGGUCGGCGUCGAUGACUUGGAUCCUGAGCGCGGCGCCAUUGUCACGUCCGAACAAGGCAUCUCGCGCAUGCACGAGGGCGACAUCGAAACCUACGGCGAAGCCGUUGAAGCGUCGAUGGGCGGUGGCGGCGAAGGCGAGUUCAAGGCCAGAGCCCAACCGAAGGUGGGUGAAGCGAUGCGCGGAAUCGAGUUCGAAACCGGAAUCUAA